AUGCCUCUGUCGUCAACUAUGUCUUACUUCAUUUGACACAUGAAAUCGGUAGAAAAACUCAAUCUGUCACAUAAUCGUCUUUCGAAGGUUCCUCCAGCAGUGGCCAAACUCGAACAAAUAGUGAUGCUGAAUUUUUGUGGAAAUCACAUUGUUCACCUUCCUAAGGAGAUCGGCCUUUUGAGGAACCUCAAGGUUCUUUUUGUCAACAUGAAUUACUUGUGUGAAAUGCCAGAAGAAGUGGGCUUAUGCAAGAAGUUAGAGGUCCUCAGCUUGUCAGACAAUUUUAUAGCAAGACUACCGUCAACUUACAGUGACUUGUCUAAACUAAGGAAGCUAAAUUUAAGCAACAACUGGAUAAUUAACAUUCCUGCAUGUGUCUUCCAUAUUAAGACACUAGAUUUUCUGCACCUGGGAUCGAAUAAGAUUGAAAGCAUUGCAGAGAGCAUUCAGUAUCUGGAAUGCCUGAAAAUAUUGAUUAUCGAUAAUAACAACAUUGCUGUUUUGCCUCGGGCAAUUUGCUUAUUGACCUCUUUGGAGCUUUUAAAUGUGGAUUACAAUAAAAUUCAAACACUUCCUAAUGAUCUGUUCCUAUUGACAAACUUGAAAAGAAUUGCUUGGAACCCAUUGGACAAAGGACUUCAUGUUAGAAACAAUCCCUUAGUCAAGCCUUUUUCAGAGUAUGUGGAAGGUGGGCUUGAUAUGCUGUUUAGCUACCUUAAUGACAGAAAAAGUUAA